CCAGGCGCAGCUGUUACUGGGGCAGGUCGGGGGCGGUUGCCGCGGUGGUGACAAGAGAGUGGCCGGGUCCCUACGACCCGGGGCGGAGCUCUGCGAUCCAAGUGCUCGGCUCCCCAAGAGAGGUGGGCGGGCGGCUCGGGACCCUGGCCAGGGCCGGCAUGGAGCGGUGGCGUGACCGGCUGGCACUGGUGACGGGAGCCUCGGGGGGCGUCGGCGCGGCUGUGGCCCGAGCCCUGGUCCAGCAGGGACUGAAGGUGGUGGGUUGUGCCCGCACCGUGAGCAACAUCGAGGAGCUGGCUGCCGAAUGUAAGAGUGCAGGCUACCCCGGGACUUUGAUGCCCUACAGAUGUGACCUGUCAAAUGAGGAGGACAUCCUCUCCAUGUUCUCGGCGGUCCGCUCUCAGCACAGUGGUGUGGACAUCUGUAUCAACAACGCUGGCUUGGCCCGGCCUGACACCCUGCUCUCAGGCAGCACCAGCGGUUGGAAGGACAUGUUCAAUGUGAACGUGCUGGCCCUCAGCAUCUGCACACGGGAAGCCUACCAGUCCAUGAGGGAGCGGAAGGUGGAUGACGGGCACAUCAUUAACAUCAACAGCAUGUCUGGCCACCAAGUGCCACCCCAGUCCGUGGCCCAUUUCUACAGUGCUACCAAGUAUGCCGUCACUGCGCUGACAGAGGGGCUGAGGCAAGAGCUUCGGGAGGCCCAGACCCACAUCCGAGCCACGUGCAUCUCUCCAGGAGUGGUGGAGACACAAUUCGCCUUCAAACUCCAUGACAAGGACCCUGAGAAGGCAGCUGCCACCUAUGAACACAUGAAGUGUCUCAAACCUGAGGAUGUGGCCAAGGCUGUCAUCUAUGUCCUCAGCACCCCGCCACAUGUCCAGAUCGGAGACAUCCAGAUGAGGCCCACGGAGCAGGUGACCUAGUUUCCUGUGGGGAGCUCCUCCUUCCCUCCCUGCCCCUCAAGGCUUGGCACCUGCCUCUGGAUUUGGGGUGUUGAUUUCUGGACCCUUGGAUUACACUUCCUUUCCCCACCCCCAGCAGGGGCUAGAAAACUUGUUUGAGAUUUCAUAUAAUCUUGUCAAAUUGUUUCCACCGAAUUUGAAAAAUGGGCAGGGGAGAGGAGGUGUUUGUUUUCCCUACUGAUUCAUUCUUGGUCUCCUUCUUGGGCUCCUUGGCCUUUGUUUGCUGUCCUUGGUCUCUUCCCUUUGACCUGGGAAAGGGGCUGUGGCCAAAAGUGGGGCUUUCCCCUAUCUUCUUGCACCCCACCCCCGUCCCUCCAGGAUGAGGCGGCAGAGGGAAGCCCUCACCUUCCAUCUGAAUGGAUUUCGGGGCUCUGGGCUUCCUCCUUUCCCUGCAUCCCACCCCCCACCCCAUCUAU